CCCUGUCCUCCCCCAAUACUCGCUUGUUCACGCCGUAGAGCCUCAUCCCCCAGACGUCGUUCACUUCACACUCCUUUAUCAGCUGCAACCUUUCUCCGAUCUCCGCUCCAGACAUCCGAUCGCCGGCGCCGGCUACUGCUCCUUCUCCGAUUUGGUAUAAGCUGAUGAUUUUUUUCAAUGAUAUCUAUGAAGCACAUUUUGGAAUCGAUGAAGCUGAUGAUUUUGAAAGCAGUUGGUGUUAUAAACUCUAGAGAUGGUUUUAUCUGAUUGAAACAGAUCUGUUUACAGGGAUCAAAACUGUAUUUUACGCUAAAAUCAAUAAAAAGUGGGUGAUCCGAGUCCGAAAAUAGAUAUCAAUUGCCAAUCAAUUUGCAUCCAACCCCAAAUUCAAUGCGAAAGUCAUCAUUGAACCCUCAAGCAAUUCCAGAAUCAUACCCUCCAUGCUUCCGUCCAAACACACAGCAAUCCUCCGAACAAGAUGUCGAUAAACUUGAUGAUCAGGAAAAUGAAGAAGAUCGAAUUCCGGUGAUAGAUCUCCGGCGUAUUGACCUUGAGAAGCUCGAGGAUGCCUGUACAGAGUGGGGAAUAUUCCGGCUGAUCAACCAUGGGAUCCCAUUAGCGUUGCUGUCGAAACUCCAUGAACAUGCUGUUAGGGUUUUUGAAAUGGGGUUUGAAUCCAAACAGACAUUAUUUGGAUCAAUUCCUACAUCCGCCUUAUCGUAUUUCUGGGGUACCCCUGCACUUACGCCUGCUGGGGUUGCCCUAUAUAAGGAUAGUAAUGAUCAGAAGGAUCGGGGGAUAGUGAACUAUAACUGGGUUGAAGGAUUGAAUGUUCCACUGAGUCAACCCACUCACCUCCAACUCGAUCAACACCCAUUGCUUCGUGAUUUAAGAAUAUUAUUGGGAGAGUAUGGGGUCCACCAAGCAAGGGUAGCAAAGGCCAUAUUUGGUGCAAUAACACAAAAUUUGAAGCUCCGUGAAGAAAAUGAAUGUUACUUGUCGCCUUCAACAGGGCAAUUGAGGGUAUACCGUUAUCCAAAGUGCUUUUAUGACAACCCAUCAAAAGUAUGGGGGAUGGAAGUGCACACUGAUAGUUCUGUGGUAACAAUUUUGAAUCAAUAUGAAGUAGGAGGGCUUCAAAUUCAUUCUGAGAAAGAUAACGCUUGGAUUGAUGUUAAACCUCUUCCCAACACUCUUCUCCUUCAUCUUGGUGAUAUGAUGCAGGCGAUAAGUGAUGAUAAGUACAAGAGUGUGAAGCAUAGGGUGAAGUUGCAUAGAGAAAUGGAACGGAUUUCAGUUGGUUACUUUGUGUUUCCGGAGCAUGAUUGUAUGAUUCGGAGCUCCAGUUACAAACCGUUUACCUAUUCGGAGUUUAGGGCCCAAGUACAACAAGACGUCAAGACAUUGGGUGUCAAGGUUGGACUUUCAAGAUUCAAACCCAACCGGAAUUUCUAAAUUUAGAAAGGGAAAUUGAUGAAUUUUUCUUGUUAUCACUAAAGC